AUGGAGAAAACUUAUGUCGAUCCCCUGGACCCUGAGAAGCUAUUACAAUGCCCCUAUAAUAAAAACCACCAGAUCAGGGCCUGCAGGUUUCCUUAUCAUCUUGUUAAGUGCAGAAAGAAUCAUCCUGCUGUCGCAAACAAAUUGGCUACUUGUCCCUUCAAUGCUCGCCACCAGGUUCCUCGGGCUGAAAUCAGUCAUCAUAUCUCAAGCUGUGACGACAGAAGUUACAUUGAGCAAGACGUUGUCAACCAAACCAGAGAGCUUGGACCAGAGACUCUGGCUGAGAGCACAUACCAGGGCUCUCCUUGUGAUGAAGACUGGGAUAAAGAUUUACUGGAACAGACCAGCACCCCAUUUGUCUGGGGCACAACCAACUACUGUGGCAACAAAAGCCCUCCAAGCAACGUAGUUGUGGAACAUAAGAGUCACCUGGCUUCGGACAUGCGCAUCCCCAAGUCUCUGCCGUAUGUUCCGCCAUGGAAAAAGAAUGGAAGUACACAGUAG